AUGGAGCCUCGGAAGCGCGCUGGAUCUGUAUUAAUUGGCGUUUACCUGUGGGCAACGUUCUGCUGUCAAGGGUGUCUUGGCGGUGUGUACCAGAGGAAGCUGUACCGCGACCUGAUGGUGAACUACAAUCGACUUGAGAGACCCGUCCAAAAUGACUCUGCACCCAUUGUGGUGGAGCUCGGCCUCACGUUGCUGCAGAUCAUCGACGUGGAUGAAAAGAACCAAGUGUUGAUCACGAAUGCCUGGCUGCAGCUGUAUUGGACAGAUAUUUACCUCGCAUGGAACCCAGAGAGCUACCCUGGGGUUCAGAGCAUCCGUUUUCCUUCCAAUCAGAUAUGGGUCCCAGAUAUACUUCUUUACAACAGUGCGGAUGAGAGGUUUGAUGCUACGUUCCAUACAAAUGUUCUGGUCAAUGCUACAGGGUCCUGCCAGUACAUCCCACCAGGUAUCCUGAAAAGUACCUGCUACAUUGAUGUACGAUGGUUCCCAUUCGAUGUGCAGAAGUGUGACCUAAAAUUUGGCUCCUGGACUCACAACGGCUGGCUGCUGGAUCUGCAGAUGAUGGAUGUGGACAUCUCUACUUAUAUACCCAAUGGAGAGUGGGACCUUGUAGGAGUGCCAGCAAAGCGAAAUGAGCUGUAUUACGACUGCUGCAAGGAGCCCUACCCCGAUGUAACGUUCACCGUCACGAUGCGCCGCAGGACUCUGUACUACGGCCUCAACCUGCUCAUCCCCUGUGUGCUCAUCUCUGGUCUGGCCCUGCUGGUCUUCCUGCUCCCUGCUGACUCUGGAGAAAAGAUCUCACUGGGCAUAACAGUGCUGCUGUCUCUAACAGUGUUCAUGUUGCUGGUAGCAGAGAUCAUGCCUGCCACUUCAGACUCGGUUCCUCUGAUUGCGCAAUACUUUGCCAGCACCAUGAUGAUUGUGGGCUUGUCUGUGGUUGUAACCGUCCUGGUUCUACAGUUUCACCACCAUGACCCUCAUGGAGGGAAGAUGCCUAAAUGGGUCCGAGUCAUUCUCCUCAACUGGUGUGCCUGGUUCCUCCGCAUGAAGAAGCCUGGAGAGGAAAGAAGAACAGUCGUGAACUCAAGUAGCCCCCUGACCUACAAGUAUCCCCAUUCUCCUCCUCACCACACCAGCACCAGCAGCAUUCAGAUGAGCACCAUACCGGGGCAGGCGUCCACCCAGUCAACCACCACCAACGGGAGCAUGAACCUGUACUUUGGCUACCACUCAAUGGGCACAGACAACCCCGCUUUUCCACCAAGCACCGACUCGGGUGUGGUGGUCUGCGGCGGCGGAGGAGGAGGUGGGGGCAACCACCUUAACGGCUCCUCCCAACACGAUAUCAUUUCGGACCAGACUCGGACUUUGCUGUUGGAGCAGGUUCCGGAAAUUUCCCGGAUCCUGGAGGAAGUACAGUACAUUGCGAGGCGCUUCCGGGAUCAGGACGAGGGGGAGGCAAUCUGCAGCGAGUGGAAGUUCGCAGCGGCGGUCGUGGAUCGGCUAUGCCUGGUGGCCUUCUCGCUCUUCUCCAUCAUCUGCACCUUCACCAUCCUCAUGUCGGCACCCAAUUUUAUUGAGGCGGUGUCCAAAGACUUCACAUAA